AUGAGAGGGAAUUCUCGAGACUCAGUAGAUAUGCCUCAGAGUUUAUUCCAACCUGAAGUCGACAAUUGUAAGAGAUUUUUACGGGGUCUACGAGAUGAGAUCAAAUUACAGUUGGUAUCUCAACGUAUUACUGAAAUGGUAGACUUGAUUGAGCGAGCUAAAAUGGUAGAGCAAGUGUUGGGCUUUAUUAAAAAGACUGAAAGUGUUAGACCAGCUGGGAAGCGUACGGGAACUACCAUCUCGAAUCCUCAGCCGAAAAGACCAAAAGAAUAUCAGGGUGGUUGGAGAUUCAGUUUUAGAUCAGACAGAGAAUGUGGACAUUGUGGAAAGAGACAUUUGGGUGAAUGCUGGAAAGUGACCAGAGGUUGUUUCCAUUGUGGGUCGACGGAGCAUUUUGUUAAAGACUGUCCAAAGAAUAAAAAUGAUACUCUUGUCACAUCACAGAAAUCAGUAUCUACUGCUCGAGGCAGAGGUCUAGGUAGAGGUAGUUCGGUUGCCAGAGGAGGAGCUGGUAGAAGGAAUAGUGAUAUUAUUACUCAGCAGUCUGAAGCCAGAGUACCAGCUAGAGCUUAUGUGGUCAAAACUCAUGAAGAAGGCGAUGCUCACGAUGUGGUAACAGGUAUAUUUUUACUGUAUUUUGAGCCUGUUUAUGCUUUAAUUGAUCCUGGAUCUUCACAUUCUUAUAUUAAUUCAAAAUUAAUUGAGUUGAGAAAAUUAAAAUCCGAAAUGUCUAGAGUGUCUAUUGAGGUGUCGAGUCCGUUGGGGCAAACAGUGUUAGUGAAUCAGGUCUGUCCAAGAUGCCCGUUGAUUAUACAGAAUAAAACUUUUCCGGUUGACUUGUUGAUUAUGCCAUUUGGAGACUUUGAUAUAAUAUUUGGGCAUGGAUUGGUUAUCAGAAUAUGGGGUGAUUUUGGAUUGUUACAAAAAGAGGUUUAG